GGAGAGAGAUACGUGUACGAUGAUUGUGCGACCUUACCGACAAUGUACGCACUUGUACCAUCUGCUGCAAAGCGCGUGCCUAUGUGCGACAUAUUCUGAGAACCACAUCGUAUAGUUUCAAAGAAAAUGUCGCUUACGUGCUUGCGUUCACAUAGGGAUAUGGCUUCGCAGAGCGCGACGGAUGGCGUUCGCAAAAACGGAACACGACAUCGUAGUGAGAAAACUGAUAACAGUGGGCGAUGGCAGCUGCGGUAAGACCUGCCUCCUUGCAGUCUUCGCUGGACGACCCUUUCCGGAACGAUACGUGCCGACGGUGCUGCAGACAUACAUCACGACAGUUCACAUCGGAGAACAAACUAUGCUUGAAAUAUCGUUAUGGGACAGUCCUGGCCAAGAAGACUAUGACUCCCUACGAUCCAUCUCGUACCCAGACACGGACGUAGCCCUCAUUUGCUUCAGCCUCGUCCAGCCGGACAGUCUGGUCAACGUCGUCGAACGAUGGAACCCAGAGGUAGCACACUUCUGCCCCCGAGUGCCCAUCAUUCUAGUGGGUACAAAGAAGGAUUUGAGAAACAAACCGGAUGUGGUAGAAAAACGAAAACCAGUGACGUCUUACGAAGGCCGACUCGUAGCAGAAAAAAUCGGCGCAUUCGCCUACUUGGAGUGUUCUGCAUUGACGACUGAGGGGGUACACAAGGUAUUCCAGACUGCUGUCAUCGCUGCUGUAAAGAUGAGCGCCGCCAGGAGAAGAAGCGCGUAUUGUAAUCUCUUCUGACCUUAGAUGCUGCAAACAUGGAAUCGAACCAGAACGACCGGGACGAAUCACUUCUCGAAGACAUGAGCCAGCUAGCAGCCCGUUCCUGACGUGCGGAACACCUUAACGCUAUAGGUGCGUGGAACUUCAGAGGAUUUUGAAGGAAAGGCUUCUGCGCCGUUGAGGUCGCUGUCGCCCCAUCCUGUGCAGACGCUGAGCCAGCCAAAGACAACAUGGCCACAUUUCGAUUUGGAUGUAAUACCACGGUAACUUAGUUACCGUGAUGCUCUAUACUAUAAUACUGUUACGGAAUAAACGUCUAUCUGCUAUUGACGUGCUUUCCGUACGCAAAA